AUGUCAGCUUACUUGAAGGGGCGACGCAGAUCCAGCACACGCAGCUCUCCUGCAGCCACUGGCCUCCUGAGAUUUGGGGCUGUGGUUCUUGUUGUCGGUGCAGUGCUGGUGCUGUGUGCAUCCUUGGCUGCUUUCUUUCUGUGGAAUGUCAGAGACAAGAAUGUUUACAACGUGCUGUACUCUGUGAACAUCAAUGGGGAGGUGACGGAGGGCUCCAUGGAAAUUGAUUCCGACAACAACCUGGAGAGAUUCAAAACUGGGAGCGCUGCGGAGGAAGCGGUGGAGAUUCAUGACUUUCAAAUUGGAAUAGCAGGAAUCUGUGUCUUUGGAGGAGACGAGUGCUAUAUAAAACUUCAAAUCAAAGCAAACCUUCCACACUUGGAGGCUCAAAGGAAAGAGUCACGAAUGUUUGACCUGAUGGAUGAGUCCAUGCCACUGAGGUUUGAUGAAGGUUUUCUACGAUGGGUCGCUGGGGAGCAGUCGUUAAAGGACACCAGUUUUCUGAGCAAUAAAGUACUGGGUUUAUGUGGGGAACUUCCCAUUUACUGGCUCCAUCCUACUUUUACAAAGGGUUUCCUUUCUCUCUUCAUUCUGUGUCUUAAACAAACCGCCUUCCCAGAAAAGUUGGUACACUUUGUUACUUCCUCUCAGACGUUGGCUAUGGCAACGCUUCUGAACAGGCGCCGCGUUUGCAGCAACGCACAAAGGCUUUGGCUUUGGCUGGUACUCUUGCCUCCUGUGGCUGCUGGAACAGAUGGGGAAAGGAGAAAGCGAGACUCAGAGCGAGCCGAGCAGCAGUUCGCCACGGAGGAGUUUGAUACGACUGUGAAGAAAAGAGAGCUGAAAAAAAACUCAUCUUUAUAUUUAAUAUUUUCUUUAAAACUGCAGUGCAGUGGAGCAGCCAGAGAGGAAGGAGCCAUGACCUUUGACCCAAUGCUAGACCACAAGGGGAUGUGCUACUCCGCUUGCCAGUGCGGCUACGCUCACUUUCAAACAAUAUGCGAUGGAGACCGGUCUUGGCCUUCCGACCCCACGGGAUGUGCAGUUAGCUGCAGUGUCAUUAUAGCCGGUCGCUGGUGGGUGGCACGGAUUCCUGGUUGUUUACACUCACAGGCCACUUUAUUAGGAACAUUUUGCUAUUACGAUGUGACGCCCCCUUCUGCCUUCAGAAAUACCAACAUGAUCUAUGGCAUGAAUUCAACCAGAUGCUGGAAACAUUAG